AUGUGCAACAGGGAGAACCAAUGUGACGCUGGACUGAUUUGCGAGGAAGUUGUACCAGGUGAAAUGCGUAUUUGCCGCGCACCGACCUCAGGCCACAAGCAGUACAACGAAGACUGCAACUCAUCCAGUGAAUGUGACAUCACACGUGGACUAUGCUGCAUCGUACAACGCCGUCACCGACAGAAGCCGAGGAAGAGCUGCGGUUAUUUCAAGGAACCCUUAGUCUGCAUUGGCCCAGUAGCUACAGAUCAAAUACGCGAAUUCGUUCAGCAUACAGCUGGUGAAAAGCGCAUUGGCGUUUACAGAUUGCAUUAA